GCGGAACCCUUUCAACGACGGUUCGUAUUUCCAGCCGGACACAAAAUAAAGUAGCUCUUCCUGGCCGUUCAUUUUAUCGCUUCUUUGCUCUUUGGUGGAGGGCUUUUUACUUCCCAGAGUGCUUCGCGAGAUUUCCUUCUCUUCCGGUUGUAGUCCGAGCGGCGGUGGAGGCGGAGGUUUAAGCAAUGGCCAAGUCCAAGAACCACACCACUCACAACCAGUCUCGCAAAUGGCACAGAAAUGGCAUUAAGAAGCCCAGAUCACAUAGAUACGAAUCUCUAAAGGGGGUUGAUCCCAAGUUCCUGAGGAACAUGCGCUUUGCAAAGAAACAUAACAAGAAAGGGCUGAAAAAAAUGCGAGCAAACAAUGCCAAGUAACUGGUCGCCUUUGGAUGGGGAAAGGGAUUGACUUGCUUGGAAUCUGAUCAGCAGUUUUUCCUCUUACUGUUUGUUUUUCACUCAAAGCAUUUUGUAUAAAUAAAACUGAGUGUAAUGUACAGGUGCAAA